UGUUAUAAUUAUUUUAUUCAAUUUCAUAUUUGUUGUUCUUAAAGCUGUUAUUUUCUUCUCUAGAAAGUCUGGCAUCCAAGGUUCACAAACCCAAUUCAGGCCUGGCAAGAACCCAUGAUAAACACAGAGGCAAAAGAUGGUGUUUUGAAACCAGGAGCUAGCACCUCCUUUGAGGACAAUAAUUCUGAUAAUAAAAAUGAAGAUGUGGUUACAACCUUUCCCCAACCAUCAACCGAAGUUCCAGGCUUUUCUCAUCCUGCCUUCCCAGCACCGGAACCUCUCACGUCUUCAGCAGUCCUUGGUGUUACAGAGGAAGAAGCAGCUAAGCCAAAAACUGGGGGAAAAGAGAAUGGCACUCGGACUAUUAAAAGUGUUCUAAAGGAGCAAGCAAAUCAUAAAAAAUUGAUUUCUAUUGAUGGAGCACACAAAAAUGACAAAGGUGCAGCCUCAGCAUUAGGAUUAGGAGAAAAGGAAGGUGUGGAACCAUCCUGGGAUUCUGAGAGUACCUCCAAGAUUCAACUACCGAACCAUGUUGAUCAUUUAUCUGGAGCUGCAGGUCAAGGAGAAAAAAAUACAUUAAAUGGACAAAUAGAAAGUAAGCACUGUAUUUUAUAAAAAAGUCAUUUGACAGAAUGUUGAUUUAAAACAUGAAUUUGGA